UCAGAUUUCUCAGUCAUUUCUGCAGAUUUCAGAGUCGCUGUUUAUUCCAUUCGUUGGAUCUUAUCGCGUAUUUGUUGAUAUUUUCCGCAGGUUUCGGUUUUUUUUUCAAAUCUACCGUUUCGUCUCUACUACUCCGUUAGCAUUGUGCUGAAUUCCGAAGUAUGCAAGUCAGUUCGAGUGCGUUGCCACUCUUGCCUGACGGGGAGAGUUUUCACGACAGUCUUUAUUGCGAGAAGUGUCAGUGCUUCCUGCCAGAGCCGUGCUGGCAGCACGCAGUGCUCGUCCAGGACGGAUACAGUCUCCCGCUGGCCUUUGCUAGUUUGCCAGAUGUGCUGGCCUUCCAUAAUGACGACCAACACCAGAAUGUGUUGCAGCCUACGGAUAACAGCACUUGUCGUGGUCCAUCGGUUGUGGCACGAACGGCCAUCCUUGCGCAGACAGUAUUCGGACCAUUUAUCGCACCUGUAUGCGAUGCCGGUGUAGCGCAUUCGCGGACAUUCUCGUCUUCAGACGGGCAGUGUGUGACGUUCAGUCUGGAGAACGAUCGUUGGUGCAACUGGAUGAAGUUGGUCAGGACGGUUGACCACGGCCAGCACAAUCUCCGCGUCUUCAUCCGCCAACACAAAGUCCUCUUUGUCGCCGUCAAGGUCAUUCUUCCCGGCGAAGAACUCACGCUGACGCUGUAUAAGCAUGACCGGAAGGAAAUCCACGACAACGACUUGCACUGUGCACCCAUGGAUUGUGUGAGCGGCGGUACUGAUGAUGGCUGCAGUAUUAAGUGCGAGGACGAUGCGAACGGAUCGUCGGCGGAAAUUCUGCUAUGUGUGCCGGCUACCUCUUUUUCCGCGGCCGCGCAACCUUUGGCGCAGCCUGAUCCUCUUGAUCUCUUACCACUAUCCCAGCCGCUCCCACUUGAACCAAAUCAGGAAGUAUCUGACGCACAGCCGGCGUUGAGCACUUUCCAUAGAGAAGAUUCUCCCGAAUAUCCGUUCCCCUCCUCCUUUCCUGCAUCUCAGCCGAUGGAUGCGAUGGCGGAAGAAGUCGCCCUUCAGCCGAAUAAAAGUGAAGGGGAAAGCGAAGCCGCUGUUCUGCCGAAACGUUCAUAUUCCCUUCGCUCACGCAAUGGGAAAAGCGGUAGCACGCCGUACAACGACCCAGAUGCUUUUGACAGCGCAACCGAUGAUGAUAAUUUUCAGUUAUCCGCAGAUGCCUAUUCGUCCUCUUCCGCAUCGGACCGCUGCAGUGAAUCAGAGUCAGAUUUGACGGAAACGGCACAAAACCGCGCGAAAGAGCGGCGCUUGCGAACGCGGCCUGCCAAACAAACGAAUCCAGCAGGUGGGAAGGUAAGAGGAAAACGCAAGACGAACGGUACCACACCGAAAGGGAAACGCACCGCAAAACACUUCGAAUCGAUAUGUCAGCAAGUGAAGGCCGUGAUCGCGGUGAAUCCCUUCCAGUAUCCCGCUGGAGAGCAACGCUGGCAAGCGUAUUCCGCCGCUGCGGAUAUGUUGUCGCCAGACUUACUUUCACGGACGAAGAAGCUGGCGAUCGAUGGACAGUUACUGCGCACGAACACACAGAGCCGGCUGCGUGAAUUCGAAAAAGCUGAAAACAGCAAUCGGACCGUUGGAUUGCCUACAGAAUACAUUGCUUUGAUGAAGCAACUUGUUGAACUACGCGGUCGCUCGAAAACAGAUGAAAAUAUCAGGAAAUUGAAGGCGGUUAUUCAAGUUAAUCCCUUCCAGUUUUCAUCAGCAAGUGAGUGCCGUGUGGCUUGGAAGGUGGCAUGCCAGUCGUAUAUGGAUGAGGAUGCUGACGUUGACAAGCCGGAGGAAAAUUUUAUAAAACUGCGGAAAUACGUGCAGUUGCAGUUGGACGAUUAUCCCAGACUGUUGGAUCGCUACAACGACGCUGUCGCCGAUGAUAAAGAACGCGAAUAUAUGCAGCUCCUGCAGGUGAUCGUGAAGUUGGCCGGAAAAGAUUACGGUGGCGAUGUAGAUAGCUUAAAUCAGCAGAAAGAUGGGGAUGCGGCUGAUGCAAACGCUGCCACCGGCAAAAAGCUCGUGCUGACCAGACCGCGUCCAAAGAAGAAGGGCUAUCAACACGACACGUUUUUCCCCAGCUACAUUUACCGUUUCGUGUGUUGGGAGUGCUCUGUGCAUUUCAAGGACGAAAAUUUAUUGAAAUUGCAUGAAUUACAGCAUACUGAUUCAUCCGGGGAAGCUGCCGGCUCUCGUGAUUGUCCAGUGUGUGAGCGAUCGUUCGACAAGCUGACCAGUUUAUUACUACACGUUCUGGACCACAGUGUCAAAGCCGCGCAGAUUACUCAUUACAUCCCGACUGCUGAUCCCAACAUCUUGAGCUUCGCAUCCAAAACGGCAGCUCCGAUGGAUGUGCUGGCGCAAAACCAUGACGCGCAUGAAACUUGCUUCAUGUACAGUUGCGGAGUGAAGUAUUGUGGACUGCGAUUCUGCACGGAGUCAUUGUGCGAUCUGCACCAACUCAGUCACAACGUGCCAGAUAAUUACCAAGGCGAUGUUUUCUGUGCUGCGUGCAGUUUCCAAGCCGAAAAUGCGAGGGAUUUGCUGAAUCACGUCGGUCGACAUGCAGCGAAAGUCAACGAUCGGAAACUGUGCCGUAUGUGUGGAGAAUUUGUGGAGCAUAUGGCCCAGCAUGUCCAGUAUAUGCACAAGGAAGCAUAUCUCCAGUAUGAAGCUCGUCUGGCUGUUUCCUGCGACCAGUGUGAGAAACGACUUCGGACGCCUAUCCAUCUCGCCACGCAUAAACUUUAUGCACACAAAAAUAUACAAGGAUUUAGAUGUCUGGUCUGCGCUAAACAGUUCCCAAAUUCCCACCAACUGUACGCGCACACAAAACAGGAGCAUAAAGAGGGUCUCACAUGUAUGGUCUGCAAGAAAAGCUACCGAAAAUAUGUCGCCUUAUAUAGUCACGCGAGAACGCAUAAGGAGGUCCAUGUCUGCGACACUUGUGGCUCCGUGUUCCGCCUUAAGAUCAACCUGGAUCGACAUCAGAUAACUCACCGGUCGGACUAUUCCUUCAAAUGUGAUUUGUGCGGAAAGUCCUUUAAGAGAUCCAGCAACCUCGGUCAGCAUAAAAUGGUGGUUCACACGGAUAAGGUGCGGAAGCAGCGCAAAGCCAAACGGGACGAACUGCGCCGGAUGGGCGUGGUCAGCGACUACAAGUGCCCGCGGCAGAAGAUGCGCUACGAAGAAUUCCCUUAUAAAUGCGAAGAAUGCCGGCUCGGCUGGAUGCUGCUGGGUAAUCUGCAGCAGCAUCAACGGAAGAAGCAUUCCCAGAGUGACGCAAAUGUGCAAAGCGCUAAGAGUCAUCCGGUAUCUUCUUCUAGUGGAUCCUUUAACUAACACGAGGGUGAAUUGAUUAGUUUUCAAAAACAUCCGAUGUGUGGGGGAUUUCUUGAAUUUUCGGAUUUGUGCUUGGCAGCGUGGAGAGAAAUCGGAUAUUGUGAUUGCCGGCAUCUGCGCUCAUGUGAUGGCUACCGAAUUUCCUGUUUUGUUACUCAGUAUUUAUUGUGCUGUUUCUUACAAUGAAUUAAGAAGAUCGUGAA